AACACAUCAGUUUUCAUGGAGUCGGAGACUGCGAGGUUCUGAAUCGGCUAUUGCUCCGAUUAGUAGCCAGAAAACUCAAACAAAGAGAGGUUCAUAAUGUGUCAGAUACGUGCUGGUAAUGUUGUGAUCACCGCUGUGUACAUGGUCUGGAUUGUUAUCUGCGGGUCGAGUUUGAGCUAUGGAGAUUUGGUAGACCAGAAGGUUCUGAAUGUAGGGGAAGAGCUGCGGAGGGAGAGUAUGCCUUUAAGAAUGGGCUCUCGGCUUUACCGGCUUCAGGGGAUCAGGCCUAGUACUUGGUAUGAAGUGAAGAUAUCAUAUCCAGCUUCUAUACCAGCAAGCUUUUCCAUACAACUCAAGAGAGGGGACUCGGAAUUGCCUCUGAAUGGGAACAACAGGAGAUUACUAAACACAGAGAAGCUGAUUUUCAUUAAUAACUGGAAUGAUGAGGGUGGGAUGUAUGUGUUGGUGACUGUGGAGCCUGAGGGGGUUGUUGCCAUACCAGAUGCGCAGGAGAGGGAGGACAUCAUUUUCAAUAUAGUUUGUGAUGAACUAUUGCUGGGGAUUCCUCACCAGGCUUGGUGGGUUGUAGGCUUUGUGGUGGUGUGUUUGGUUCUGGCGUUCAUCAUUCCCUCAUUUCUUCCACCCUUUUUGUUGAGAGCAGUCGAUCAGAAUGCUUCGAAAGAUUCUUGAAAUAAACUAGUGGUUGCCACCGUCAAAUUUCUAAUGUCUUUAUUUGAUGCCAUAGUAUUCUCUGAAUCACUUCUGGGCAUCGAUAAUGCGUCUCUCUUCUAUUUCUCUCUUACAAAUGAUUAGAUAGUGCAUCAGAAUUUCUUCCCUUCUCUUUUUAUAUGUAGAUAGCCACAUUAUGGUAAACUUGGUAUGCAUGCCGCCGUUGAAAUCAAGAGACCACCUCAAU